GGUGCUACGUCACACAGAUGGGGAUAGCCCUCGCUUCGUGAUUCCCUCACUUGUUCUCAGCAUUUAAUUAGUCUGUUAAUAGCAUCGUAUAUUGUUGGUAAAGUAUUUUCUUUAAAAUGUCAACAUGGUUUCCUGAACAACCUAAAGCAUGGUACCACAAGAUGUGUAUAAGGAUCCUAGAGUUUGGACCAAUUCCUAAACAUGUAGCAGUCAUAAUGGAUGGUAAUAGAAGAUUUGCUGUGAAAAACAGUAUGGAUAGAGCUGAGGGUCAUCUGAAAGGUUUUGACAAACUUACAGAGGUUUUAGAAUGGUGUUUAGACAUUGGAAUCACAGAGGUAACUGUUUAUGCCUUUAGUAUAGAGAAUUUUAAAAGAUCUAAAGAGGAGGUUGAUUGUCUCAUGGAACUUGCCAGAUUAAAGUUUAAAAGACUAAUGGAAGAAAAAGAUAAGAUAAAGGAGUAUGGUGUAUGUGUGAGGGUGCUGGGGAAUGUCAGUUUAUUACCCAGUGAUAUACAGGAAAUCAUAGCAGAAGUUGUCACAUUCUCUAAAGAUAAUAACAGGGCCAUAUUGAAUGUUUGUUUUGCCUAUACCUCUAGAGACGAAAUGUGUACAGCUAUGAAAGAAAUAGCAGAGGGUGUAUCACUUGGAUUGAUAAAAGACAGUGAUGUAUCAGAAGCAUUAUUGGAGAAAAGUCUGUAUACAGGAAACUCUCCCAACCCAGAUCUGCUUGUAAGGACAUCAGGAGAAGUUAGGCUUAGUGAUUUUUUACUAUGGCAGACUGCAUAUAGUUGUUUGGCUUUUGUAAAAGUGUUAUGGCCAGAAUUCUCCAGGUGGCAUUUAUAUGGCUGUAUUUUACAUUACCAAAGAAACUAUCAGCAACUUCAGAGGGCCAAAGAACAGAAUGAAUCCGACCAAUUACGAUUACAAAGAGAAAGUGAUUAUGAAAUUGUAGCUCAAGAAAUGGACCAAUCAGAAACCAAAUCUUUACAUACACUUGCAAAACAAUAUGCAAAUGACAGGGAAAAUAGGGUCAAUAAUUUUGUGCAAUAUCUACAUGAGAAACGUGAUAAGUUCUUCGAUGACAUAGCAGCAAAAAGCAAAAAAAGUAUGACGUGAUGUAGGUUAAUCUUAUCAUUAAUCCAUAGGUGCUAAAGCCACAUACACAAUCCUUAAUCUAAUAGUUUAAAUCUACACAAGGAUUUUGGAAAUAUAAGGGAUAACCUGCAGAAGAAAUUGUGAAUUGCUUGAUCAAGUGAAUUCUCACCUUUGCAAAAGUUACAUUCUUAUUUCUCAAUUUGACUGAGAUAUACCUUCCUCACCAAACCUCUUAUGUCAAACAGUUUUUGUCUCGCCUGCAAAAUAUGUUGCAAAAAUGGGAGACAUAGGGUAUUUAUCCAAUCUUGGCAGCAGCAAAACAAACCGGUAGAAAUACCUGGAUACUUCAUUUCUUGAACACAGAUGCCUUAUGUUCUGAAGUUUCUGCCUGUCAUAUGCAAAUUACAAAAGCAAUAUUUUGUGGGAAACUGAAACUUGUUGAUUGCAGAUUCAAAAUUAUAUAAAAUAAAGUUGGAAUAUUAUUAUUAAGGAAUUCCUAGUAAAGUAAAUAAGAAAUGAUGUAAGAAUACUUGAUUUUGGUGAUAUGAAUGUUUAAAAUUGUUUAAGUAUUGUUUCACAGUUUCUUCAAUAAGUUAAUACAAGUAUUAUGUGUAAAUGUUUCAAUUGAGAAUCACUGUUGAUUUGUGUGUUUAUAUUUAUUACUAUCUCAUUAUAUAAUUUAUAUGUUUUAAAAAAACAAUGUUGCAAUAUUGUUGAAUAAUGGUGAGAGAUCAUUAAUGUAAUACAAAGACAUUUUUUAUUGAUUUAUUGAUUUAAACUAUGCUUUGUAUCUGUUGGCUGUGGUGUAUUUAAUUAACUUUUUAUCACAAAAAAAAAACUACUGAAAGUCAAACUAUUUUCAGUAUGAAAGUAUACUACUUAAGAUUGGAUAUUAAGGAGAUCUACUCCACAUCAAGAAGCUAGUCAUAUAAUGAACUACAUUUUAUUAUUUCAUGUAACUUUUCUAUAUUUUAACUUCCAUGUAAUAGUAAAUGCAUAAUUUCUGCAUUAUGUAAAUUCAGAAAUUUUUGUUAUUCUUCUAUUUUUGGGAGAAAAUUGCAACGGUAUAGGUUUCGCAAAAAAUAAAAACUCGCAUUUUAAAUUUUUAUAGCAUUAUUUAAAUGCAGUAUUUCCAGAAAUUAUAAUGAAUAAUCUCAAAUUUUUGUCCAUUGGUCAACAAUUUCAAUUAUAAAUGCGCACAAAAAUUUCUGAAUUUACAGUAAUUUUUGAUACGGAUACAAAUGAAUGUCCCACCUCAUAUAUCUUAGACUAGAUAAAGUAUAGUUGAACCUCUAUUUCAUGCCCCUAUCACCUAAUAUGAUGAUAUCCAUAUCAGUUGUGGCUAGUAAACAUUCCAAAUGAUUUGGUGUAAACAUGAUGAAUUAACCAGUAGAGAUACAGCAAAUUGUCUGAUAUCUUUUCUCAGAUUGCAUUUAAAUAGAAUAAGUGAUAAGAAAUAUAUAUAUAUUUGCCUUAUUUUUGUUGAUUUUGCAAGUUAUCCAUAUAGAAGACAUACACAAUGUAUAUAUACGGUUACUAGAUGUAGACUAUUUUAUAUAGCAAGCUUGAGUAUUAUAAUGAAUAAGACAUUUGUUAAAAUAUGAAAUGUGUUGUCCUUUGAGGAAAAUUAAGCAAGAAUGUUUUUAUUUUCACUAGAUCUUUUUCAAAGUAAUUCUUUUCACAUUAAAAAUUGAUAAAACUAUCUUAUUUCCUGCCAUAAUCUUCUUAUAUAUUUUGACGAUGUGCAUGUAAAAAUUGCUGGUCCUUUUGGUUAUUAAAAUAGCCAUACUAAAUGAAUAAAAAAGCUUUAGCCUUUGGCUGCAUACAUCAGAGGUCAAAAUGAGAAAUACUUUAUAAUGUGGAUUUAUUAUUACUGGUGGGAUACCAAUUUUUGCAGAUUUCAUGGGUGAAGGUGAACCACGAAUUUAAAUGUUAAAUGAAUUACAAAUUUUCUACCCAUGUAUGCUUUGCAAAACCACGAUAUCAAAUACCCGCAAAAUCACAAUGUUUCCUCUAUCCUCGAAAAAUCUGGUACUCACAAAAAUAAAUUAAUCCACAGUAUAUUAUGCCUGAUGCAUCUGUAGUUGUAUUCACACUUGUUCAUAUCAAGAAAUUCUCAUCUGAAGUAUUGUCAGGUUUCUUAAUGAUUGAUUAAAACAUAAGAUAGUUUUUGGAGAAGAAAACAUUAUCCAUUAAUUUGGUAAAAUGAUCUAAAAUAUUAGUAAAGUACAAUAUUUGAUACUUGGAAAGCAGUGGUUUUGUUGUUAUAUCCAAUUGUUACAAAAAUAUUAAGAAUUACAUACAGCUAGUAAUAUAUAUUAUGAAAAAUCGAUUUUAAUUGUUUUAAUAAAAGUUAAAUAAAAUGUU